AUGGCGGCGGCGACGCGUGCGCACAUCGAGGCUCAUAUUGGUAGCGUAAGCGAUAUUGCUUUUGCUAGUAUUAGUGAGCAAAUUUCGAUCGUUAUCGGUGGUGAUGACAAAACUAUUAAGGUGUGGGAUGUGGUUACUGGUGCCAACUUGUUUACUUUCAAAGGGCAUGAGACUCCUCUUGAUAUAACCAAAGACCACUUUUUGGCUGCCGGUGAUGACUAUGUUAUCAAAUUUUGGGAAAUGGAUAGCGAGGAUCUCUUGGCAACUUCUGAUGCCAGGGGAGAUUUACCUUUAAGUGGUUUUGAAACUCCGUACAUAUGCUUCAACAAGGAGGGCACAUUACUGGCUGCAUCUGCGAGGAACAAAAGAAUUAAAAUCUUAGGAACCCUUAAUGGAAUUCAGUCAUUACAAGCUCAUGAAAUGCCUGUAUCCAUUAUUGCAACUAAGUUUGUGGAGUCAAGCUUUACUGUUGCCAAGGAAUUGAAAUUUGAGAUUAAAAGUUUAAGAUUUGAUGGUAAAGAAAGAGAUGAAGAUGAAGAUGAUGAAUCUGCCAUUGUUUGCCUGUGA